UUGUUCCUUAGAUGAUCUACUUGUUUUGUUGCGGAUUUUGGUGUGGAAUUGCGAUUUUUAAGCUCUACUUGAUGUGAUUAUUCAUGCGAUUGGUCAUUGGUUUUAUGCGGUUGUUAUUGUUUGUUUCUUGAAUUCAACUUAUUUGUUUCUUUAUCUCACAUAUGUUAUUUCAUGUUUUUAGGGAUAAUUUACAUGUUUUAGACUUAUGAUUCGAAUUUCUGGCAUAACUUGUUAAUUCAUCUUUGUUUCUUGGAACUAAAUGAUCAGAAAAUUUAUGUUACAAUUUGUAGAUACGCAUAUUUAUUUGUGUUCACUUGUUCUUGUUUAAUUUCAUCAGAUCAAUUUUUCAAGUGUUGUGGCUGGAAAUGAGGGAUGAUUGAAUGACCUGUCAUCCCCGGGCCCAGGGCGGCCGCCCUUCCUGCCCUGGCUCAGGGACGGGCCUGAUUACUGUAACUUAUGCACAUUAACAUUUUAUGAUGGGUUAAUACAGCUUGAAUGAUGGAGCAGAGGCUAGCUAAUACUUGGCACAUAUCUGUAAAUGAGAAGAAGUUCAUAGAGACUGCAUUGCUUUCAGAUCUUAGAGCUGAUGGACGGCGCCCAUUUGACUUCCGUGAAUUAACAAUUAAAUUUGGUAGAGAAGACGGAUCAUCUGAGGUACAGCUUGGCCAGACGCAUGUCAUGAGCUUUGUCACUGCUCAGCUAGUUCAACCUUAUAGAGACAGGCCCAACGAAGGAUCACUUGCUAUUUUCAUAGAGCUGUCACCCAUGGCUGAUCCAUCAUUUGAGGCCGGUCGACCGGGGGAGGUAGCUGUUGAAUUGGGACGCAUGAUAGACCGUGGUCUGAGGGAGAGCAGGGCAGUUGAUACAGAAUCACUUUGUGUCCUGACUGGCAAGUUAGUUUGGUCUGUCCGUGUUGAUCUUCACAUUAUUGAUAAUGGAGGAAAUCUUCUUGAUGCUGCAAAUAUUGCUGCUCUGGCAGCUCUUAUGACAUUUCGACGGCCUGAAUGUACACUUGGAGGAGGAGAAGACAGGCAGAAAGUAGUGGUACAUCCGCCGGAGGUGCACGAACCACUUGCAUUGAUAGUUCACCAUCUUCCUAUAGCAGUGACAUUUGCGUUUAUUACUGAAGACAACAUAUUGGUAAUAGAUCCAACCUAUUAUGAAGAGGCCAUAAUGAAGGGAAGAAUGACUGUUACAGUUAAUGCAAAUGAAGAUGUCUGUGCUAUUCAAAAGGCUGGAGAUGUUGGUAUCCCUCCGGGUGUAGUUAUGCAGUGUUUGCGAAUUGCUUCCGUGAAGGCUGCUGAUAUAACAAACAAGAUUGAAAACGCUGUCAAAUUGUGCAACACUGAUAGAGAACGUCACAGUGUCAAGCGCAUAUCUUCUGUUGCGGGAUUGAGUAUAAAUCCACCAAAUUCAAGUGCGGGGGAUAAAAAAAGUCAUUCUAAUUGUGAAAGAACAGCAGCAUGGCAGCAGACGAGGAAGUCACCAUCUCAAGAACGUCGUUUUAGUGAAAGCAAUGAUAUGAAAACUGAAGAACCUUCAUAUAAUGGGAAGGCGAAUUCAAGUCAUAAUGAAGCUCGAAAGUUCAUGAAGGGUCCUUCAUGUUGGGAUCCAUUCUCCAAAGGCGUGGAUGCAAAACAUCUGAAAGCUUCUCUUGUCUCUUGUGGUGAAUCAGUGGCAAGGAAGGAGAAAAAACAAAUUGUUGAAGGCCAUCUAUUGGACUUGGAGGUGAAUUCUGCAGAGAGAGCCGAAAAAAGGAACCUUUUAGCACCAUCUGAUCAUGAUGUGGAAUUACAUUCUCGUGAGAUUAAGACCCUUAAGGAUGCUGUGAAACCCAAGAACAAGAGGAAAAUUCAUCUUUCUGUUUCAGACACAAGUUGAUGAACAUCUUAGCAGGACAAAUCUUCCGCGCGUGAUGCCUUUUUUUUCCUUUCUUCUGCCGUCUAUAUUGAUUAUGAAUUCUAUGUCGAGUCGGCAGGUAUACAGGAUAUGGUGCAUUUUAGCUUGUCCUUUUCUGAUGCUGAUGGCGAAUGUAAAAACAUUACUUCAUUUUCUAAACAAUCUUACAAAGUUAAACA